UCUGAUUCUCAUCUAGUCAACAAGAUUAUGCCAAAAAUUAAGGACAUCAGAUUCAUAUUGAUCGUGGAGAAAGCUGCCAUAAUGUCAAAGCUAGUAUCAAUAGAAUUUUACAAGACAUAUAGGUGCAUAAUUUUGAGUGGAAAGGGGCAUUCUGAUGUCGCGACAAGAGGUGUUGCACAUAAAUUAGCAAGACAGUUACGAGUACCAGUAUAUGGAAUUGCAGAUUGUAACCCAAUGGGAGCAAUAACAAUGUUGACCUAUAAAAAUGGAUCAAGGCGAAGAGGGUUUGAUAAUCUCAAUGUGACCGUGCCAACACUCCAAUGGAUCGGAAUGCAUUCGGUACACUGUUAUCGUAACAGGUCAGGACCAAGAACAAGGCGUCCGACGGAUUCACAACCACUCAAUCAAAGAGACAGAACUACACUUAAAAAUUUAAUAAGUGACUUAGAACGUGACAAGGAGCUGCUUGAUCGGCUAGAUGUGCAAGAAGUGAAACUUAUGUCCAAGAAUGGGUUUAGAAUGAAUUUUGAACAAAGGUUUCCGCUAGCGCGCAACACUGUAGACUUCUUGGCUGAGCACAUACCGGAAAUGGUCACCAUUGAGAAACCUGGUGUCCCCAAAAGAAAGACUGCAGUUGAGAAAUCAGAUGGAGAUGACGCUCAAGCGGGCAAGAAGACAAGGAAGGUCACCAAAGGAAAAUCUGAUGGAGAUGACACUCAAGCGGGCAAGAAGACAAGGAAGGUGACCAAAGGAAAAUCUGAUGGAGAUGACACUCAAGUGGUCAAGAGGACAAAGGAAUCUGAUGUAGAUUACACUCAAGUGGGCAAGAAGUCUGAUGAUGGAAAUGACGCUCAAGCGGGCAAGAAGGUCACCAAAGGAAAUUCUGAUGGAGAUGACACUCAAGUGAGAAAGAGGACAAAGAAGGCCACCAAAGUGCAGCUCCGGGGCAAAGAGGCCAAAUAGGAACAGAUGCAGCAGGACUUUCUUUUUGUGAUGAUAGCUGAAAGAUUAUUGUGGUGCUCUUGGUGAUGAUGCCUGGAGGACGUUUUGUUGAAGGUUCUUUUGGUGAUAUCUGCUGGAGUUCAAUUCAUAGAAACAUCUGCAGGUAUACUUGGUUUGUUGGGUUCCAAGCAAUAUCAUUUACUCUAGAAAAGGGGAGAAGUGGUACACUCAGUUGCUAUAUUUCGGUCAUUUUUGUUGAACUCUGUUGGUGAACUCAAAUGAAGGCACUUUGAAUUUUAUUUUGGACA